AUGGAGCCUUCCCUGGUGGCCAGCACCUACCUCGGGCACACGCAGAUCGCCAUGGAGAAUCUUCCUCAGCUUCCUCAGCUUCGUGGCCUCAAAUCAAUGGCAGGGGUCGGCCGGCACGCGGAAAGUCAGCCGGUGGCAAUUCCGGUUGCCGCGGAGGAGAACGUGCUGUGCAUGUCCUGCGCGUACCGUACGGCUACCAUACGGAUACGCAUGAGUCGUUUCGGUUGCCAGCGAGCAGCAGCCACCCUCUUGCCGGUCGCCUCACCGGCGUUUACGUGGACAGGCGAGUCCGAGAACAGGCGAGGAGGGCGGAACGAGAUGGGGUUGCCGUGGCGGGCCAUGACCGUGGCCGCCGUGGUCGGCAGCGCGCUGCUCGUCCUCGCGCACGGCAUCCGUUCGCGCAGGUACGCCGUCCAGGCGUUUGCGACGCUGUGGCUUGCCCAGUUCGUCGCCUGGCUAGCCUGGUCGACGCUCGUGUAUCCGAGCUUCCUCUCGCCGCUGCGUCACCUGCCUCAGCCCAAAGGCGCUCACUGGCUGUUCGGCCAUGGCAAGUACCUCCUUUCCCAGGCGCCCGGCGGCGCGUUGCGAGAUUGGAUCACGACGCUCGACCACGACGGCCUCAUCCGCUACCUCUUCUUCUUCAACCGCGAGCGGGUGCUCGUCUCGUCGCCCAAGGCGCUCGCCGAGGUGCUCGUGACGAAAAACUACCAGUUCCCGAAGCCGGACGCGGUCCGGAACUCUCUCGGCCGCGUCCUCGGCUUCGGCGUCCUGCUCGCCGAGGGCGACGAGCACAAGCGGCAACGCAGGAAGCUCAUGCCGGCCUUCCACUUCCGGCACAUCAAGGGCCUGUAUCCGACCAUCUGGCGCAAGGCCCGCGAGGUGGUGCUCGCCAUGGAGGCCUCCCUGGCCGUCGGCGCCGGCGUGCUCGAGGUCAACUCGUGGGCGUCGCGGUGCACGCUCGACAUCAUCGGCGUCGCCGGCAUGGGCUUCGACUUCGGCGCCAUCCAGGAUGAGCACAACCCGCUGGCGCAGACGUACAUCAACCUCGCGAGGCCGUCGCGUCAGGCGAGGUACAUGAUGCUGCUGGCCAUGGUCUUGCCGGGCUGGUGCCUCCACUACCUGCCGCUGCGGCGAAACAGCGACCUCGACGCGGCGGCGAAGAGCAUCCGGAACGUGUGUCGGGAGUUGAUCGUGAUGAAGAAGCAGAAGCUGGCCGGCAAGGAGCCGCUGGGCCUCGACAUCGUCACGGUCGCGCUCGAGAGCGGCCUCUUCACCGACGACCAGCUCGUCGACCAGCUCAUGACCUUCCUGGCCGCCGGCCACGACACGACCGCCUCGGCCUUGACCUGGUCGGCCUACCUCCUGUCCAAGUACCCCGACGUGCAGGAGAGGGUGCGGGCCGAGGUGCGGGAGAUGCUGCCGUCGGUGCACGGCGACUCGGACAUCACGAGCGCCGACAUCGACCGGAUGCCGUACCUCAACGCCUUCUGCAGCGAGGUCCUGCGCGUCUACUGCCCCGUGCCGCAGACGAUCCGGGAAGCCGCCUGCGACACGACGAUACAGGGCCAAGCGAUCCCCAAGGGCACCCGCAUCAUGCUGAGCCCCUGGGGCACCAACGUGGACCGUCGGCUGUGGGGCGACGACGCAGCCGACUUCAGGCCGGAGCGGUGGCUCACGCCGUCGGGCGGCACGGGGCCUGAGAGCAACUUUGCCUUCAUGACAUUCCUGCAGGGACCGCGAAGCUGCAUGGGCGCGGCUUUCGCCCGGGCCGAGAUGGCUUGCCUCGUGGCCGCCUGGGUCGGCCGGUUCGCGUUUUCGCUCGACGAUACGAGUCUCGCCGACGAGCGGAUGCUGCAGUUCAAGGCGUCGGUGACGCUGAGGCCGGCGUACGGGAUGCACCUGCGAACGCGUGUAGUCGACGGCUGGUGA